AGAGCAGUCCUCGCUGACCUAGCUUGUGGUAAGAAGAUCCAGCGAGUAAACAGAUGAUUAUCUGUGAAGAGUUUCUACGUUGUGAAGAUCUCCGGCGGUGGAGCAUGCGGUUCUGAGGAAGCUGGCUUCACACCCAGUUCAACCGAGGAACCAGAAAAGCGAAGUCAUUGGAGUUGUGGAGUUUGGAAGAAUUCAUCAUUGCAAAGCGGCGUUUUUGUUUGUUGCCUGAAAGUUUAAUGCGAAGGAGCGAGGGACAAAUAUAUAUAUUUAAAAAACAAAACAAAACAAAACAAAAACAGGAGCAAGAAUGAGACAAAAAUCAACUGGUUGCGGCUGACUUCACACACCAGAAACCCAGCUUUCUACCGGCAGUAACUUUCUGCGGGAACAUAAGAACAUAAGAACAUAAGAACGGCGAAGACUGGCGAUACUCGUAAUAUUCGCCAAUACCUUGGAUUUAACCCGCUGGACACAGGUGUCUAACCAAACAACAACACCGCUGCUUAUCGCUUGCAUCUGUUUAUCUGCGUUUGUAUCAGACCGUGAUAGCCGAACCCUGUGUAUUGAUCUUGAUGAGGAGACGGAAAGCAGGGUGCCACAGUGGAAAGGCAGUCGCUGAACAUAGUUCACUAUACCGCUACACACAUAUAGUUCAAUACUAUACCGAUACCCCCACUGAAUCAUCUUAUUGACUCCUCGUUAAACAUAACACUUGUAUCAGAAGUAUAUUCAUCUCAAAGGAGAUCAAAUGUCCUCCUGUAGCAGCGGCUCUCCUCCAUCCCUGCAGAAAUCUUACCCCCAUCCUCAACACCUAGCUGCUCCACCGACUCCUUCGCCGUCCCCAAGCCCACCGACAGCUCUCUGCAGCCGGUUAUCGAACGGGAGCCUGAGCGCCCGGAGCCCUACGAACUGUCGAAGUUCUUCUAUCCAUGGGGUAUCUUUCCUACUGCAGAUUGGACUGACCAGGGAAACUGUGACCGUCGAAUCUCAGGAACCCUCGCUAUCCGCUGUGAAAGACCUAGUCUGCUCUAUUGUGGACCAAAAGUUCCCAGAGUGUGGUUUCUUUGGCAUGUACGACAAAAUCUUACUGUUUCGCCAUGACCUGAACUCUGAAAACAUCCUGCAGAGGCUGCUGUCAGCGGAAGAGAUCCAUGAAGGAGACCUGAUCGAGGUGGUCCUCUCUGCCCUGGCCACAGUGGAAGAUUUCCAGAUCCGACCCCACACUCUUUAUGUGCACUCUUACAAAGCGCCCACCUUCUGUGACUACUGCGGGGAAAUGCUGUGGGGCCUUGUGCGCCAGGGCCUGAAGUGUGAAGGGUGUGGGCUGAACUACCACAAACGCUGUGCCUUUAAAAUACCGAACAACUGCAGCGGAGUGAAGAAGAGGCGCUUGUCGAAUGUCUCCCUGCCAGGACCUGGGCUGCCUGUCCCAAGACCUGCUCCCAUUGAACACACAGCAGUGUGCAUUGAGGAGCAGCGCUCUCUCCAAGAGGCUGGCAAGCGCAUCCCUUCCUGGAGUGGCCGUCCCAUUUGGAUGGAGAAGAUGGUGCUGGGGCGGGUGAAGGUUCCUCACACCUUCGCUGUGCACUCCUACACGCGGCCCACAAUCUGCCAGUACUGCAAGCGCCUGCUCAAGGGCCUCUUCCGCCAGGGCAUGCAGUGCAAAGAUUGUAAAUUUAAUUGUCACAAACGCUGUGCAUCCAAAGUCCCCCGAGACUGUCUUGGUGAAGUUUUCUUUAAUGGAGAGCCUGCCAGCCCAGGACCGGACUCCGAGCAGCCCAUGGAGAUGGAGAGCGGGGACGUGAGCAGUGACUGCAGCAGAGGGCUGGACGACCCGGAGGAGCACUCCACCCCCGAAGACAAGAUCUUCUUCAUGGAUUCUCCUGAUCUGGACGGGGAGAAAGAUGAAGUGAAGACGAUAAGUCCUUCUACAAGCAGCAACAUCCCUCUGAUGAGAGUGGUACAAUCCAUGAAGCACACGAAAAGGAAGAGCAGCACCAUGGUCAGGGAGGGGUGGAUGGUGCACUACACAAGCAGGGACAACUUGAGAAAGAGGCAUUACUGGAGGCUGGACAGUAAAUGCCUAACUUUGUUCCAGAAUGACACCGGAGCCAAGUACUACAAGGAAAUUCCCCUCUCAGAAAUCCUCCAGGUGGACUCAGCUCGGGACUUUACCAAUCUGGCACAGAGCAGCAACCCUCACUGCUUCGAGAUCAUUACUGACACCAUGGUGUACUACGUGGGAGAAAGGAAUGGAGGGAGCUACCAGAACCCUGUGCUGGCUGCCUCAGGAGUGGGCUUUGAGGUGGCCCAAAGCUGGGAGAAAGCCAUUCGACAGGCACUCAUGCCUGUUACCCCACAGGCCAGCAUGGGCACUGCAGCAGGACAAGGAAAAGAUCACAAGGAACUGUCUGUCAGCAUAUCUGUUUCCAACUGCCAGAUUCAGGAGAAUGUGGAUAUAAGCUCAGUUUACCAGAUAUUUGCAGAUGAGGUUUUGGGAUCUGGACAGUUUGGAAUUGUAUAUGGAGGAAAGCACAGGAAGACUGGGAGAGAUGUUGCCAUCAAAGUCAUUGACAAAAUGAGGUUCCCAACUAAACAGGAGAGCCAAUUGAGAAAUGAAGUAGCUAUCCUUCAGAACCUGCACCAUCCUGGCAUCGUGAACCUGGAGUGCAUGUUUGAAACUCCAGAGAGGGUCUUCGUUGUCAUGGAGAAGCUCCAUGGCGACAUGCUGGAGAUGAUUCUAUCCAGCGAGAAAAGCAGGCUGCCGGAACGGAUCACUAAAUUUCUAGUGACGCAGAUCCUCGUGGCUUUGAGGCAUUUGCAUUUCAAAAACAUUGUUCACUGUGAUCUGAAGCCAGAGAACGUGCUGCUGGCCUCUGCUGAGCCUUUCCCUCAAGUGAAGCUGUGUGAUUUCGGCUUUGCCCGGAUCAUUGGGGAGAAGUCGUUCCGGCGCUCCGUGGUGGGGACCCCAGCCUACCUCGCUCCGGAGGUGCUCAGGAGUAAAGGGUACAACAGGUCCCUGGACAUGUGGUCUGUGGGUGUCAUUUUAUACGUGAGCCUGAGUGGCACAUUCCCAUUCAAUGAGGAGGAAGAUAUCAACGACCAGAUUCAAAAUGCAGCCUUUAUGUACCCACCAAAUCCCUGGAAAGAGAUUUCUGGUGACGGCAAAGCGACUGACUUAAUAAACAAUCUUCUUCAAGUGAAAAUGAGGAAGCGCUACAGUGUGGACAAGUCCCUCAGUCACCCCUGGCUACAGGAUUAUCAGACUUGGCUGGAUCUCAGGGAGUUUGAGACUCGGAAAGGAGAGCGUUACAUCACACACGAGAGUGACGACGCACGCUGGGAGGAGUAUGCGGAUGAGCACAGCCUUGCACACCCCAAGCACUUCAUAAUGGCACCCAACCUCGACGACAUGGAGGAGGAUCCCUAAUCACAGAAAUCUGUUCACGGGCUAGUCUAGAGUGCAGGGGCCCUGCCGCUGUACGCUCACAAAGCAACCUGGAACUGCUCCACCAGAACCAAGCACACACUGCUUCUGCUGGGUCUGCCUGGCCAGAUUGUUACCUAGCAACCACACAUGUACACUGGACUGUUAAGGACUGUGUGGCUAGGCCAGGAAUGUCACACAGGUGUGGGUGUUAACUUGUAACUGAGAUAUAGCUUGUCUUUUAUCUCACUGCCUUCUUACAAGCCAUAAAAUACUAGUUUACUGAAGUCCGUGUUAGAGGCUACGAAAAUAUUACCUGGUGGGAACAAAACUUGCACUCAACAGCACAGCCAGAAAAGGGUUAAAGCUUGGACCAAAUGAAACAGUGAGAGCAUGGAUAUUUAUAUUGACUGUCCCAUUCCAUAGAAAAGUCUAGCGUAGUAUAAGCAGAGUGUGA